GCGAAGGAGUCAUCGGAAGCAGUCUGAUAAUCACUCAGAAAUUCACAAAGAGGACCCACUAGAAAUGGGAGUGGACAACCCUGUGCCUGUCUUAAGGAGGACGAGGACGAUGUAGAGGAGGACCCCAAUGCCAUGUACUACAACAUAGGGGUAGCUCCUGCAGCGACGGUGGUGUCUGUAGAUCAGCUGGGGGAACGGAUCAAGGAGCUGCAGGUGCCCGUCGGGGGAUUCCAGGCAGAGUUUCAGAAGCUGCCCACCACCUUCACCCGGCCUUACAAUGAUUCACAGCUGGAGGAAAACAAGGGCAAAAACAAAUACAUAAGUUAUUAUCCAUACGAUGCCACUCGGGUCGUGUUGCAGGAGUUGCCAGACCAGCCUGGUUCCGACUACAUCAACGCCAGCUACAUCAAUGGAUACUCUCAACCCAAAGCCUACAUAGCAGCACAAGCUCCCAACAGAAUGACCUUGACAGACUUCUGGAGGAUGAUCUGGGAACAGAACUGUACAAGAAUCGUCAUGUUGACAAACCUGAAGGAGUUGGGAAGGGUGAAGUGCGUCGCGUACUGGUCUGACACAACAGACAUGAACACUGGUGACUUCAUCAUCUCUGUGACCGACUCCAGUAUCCGAGCUAACUGGGUUGUCAGAGAACUGCAGGUCACAGACAGACAGACAAACACAAGACGAUGUUUCAAUCAGUUCCACUUCACAACAUGGCCGGAUCAUGGAACUCCCGAGGAGAUGGCCUUGACUGAGUUUCUGUGGCUGGUCAGGACAUCACGUACCACACAGGAUGACCCGCUACUGGUUCACUGCAGUGCUGGGAUCGGCCGGACAGGAACUUACAUCGCCCUGGACUACCUGCUGGACCAGGCUCUGGCUGAAGAUGCGGUGGAUGUGUUUGGUUGUGUCUCGGGGAUGAGAGACCAGAGGAAGGGCAUGAUACAGACCAAGGAGCAGUACACGUGUCUGUAUACGGCCCUGCAUGAAACACUCCAGGUUGGCAAUACCGCCAUCAGCCUCGAGGAAUUCAGGAGCAACCGAAAUGUGAAAGGGACUUUCUCCACAGGUCGGAUGUCAAUCACCAGGUUCAUAGAGACCCUGAACACCCAACGAAAGGAGCAGUCCAACGAAACAAGCGUGAAAGGUCAGGUGUGGAUAAAUGGACGCUCAGACAUCCUGUCUAUCCGCCUGCAGUCCCACCUGUCCAUGAACGGCUACCUGUUAACUGAGGCCCCCUCCGUCACCACGGCGUCUCUGUUCUGGAAACUCACAGAGGAACAGGAGUCUUCCACCGUCAUUGUCCCGCCAGACUCGCACCAGAGUCUGUCCAGUUUUGUUCCAUCCCCAGGAGACAGCCUAGAUCUGGACCCUGUGACUGUCAGAUGUUCCACUGAGAUUCCCGUCAACACUGACAUCACCCUCCUGAACAUCCACAGACAGAUGGAGAACUCUCAACCAACACAUGUGCGGGUGUACAUCUUGAACAAUUUACCUGCUCAAUCCCCUUCGGCUUUCUUGGAACUUCUGGAAGAACUGGACCGCCACGCAGGGAGACGUCAAUCCCAACACUGUCACUGUUAUGUACAGCGAUGGCGGCAGGCAGAACGGAGCAAUGUUAUGCAUCCUGAGCAAUAUUGUCCAAGGCCUGAAGUAUGACAAACGAGCUGAGAUCUACAACAACAUGAGAGCUGUGGGCCACUGUCUGGAUCAGGACAUCACGGAGACUGACGUUGACCUGUGUUACGACGUGGCAGCAGCUUACCUGGAGUCCCAGAACAUCUACGCCAACAUGUGAUCCCCAGCUCUAUGCGCUGCUAGAGUGUACUGGCGGAUUAGAAACAUUCAAACAAUUGUAUCUCUGUGUGACGUCUUUUCAUGACAGAACAGUACAAUGCUACCAUGGGUUUCUUGACACAACCAGACUUGAUGCAAAACAAUUUCUGUGGAUAAUUUUUAAUGUAUGCAAUUUUUCGAGAUAAGUGGCUUGGUAGGUGUUUAGAUGUAUGUAAUGUUUAUGAUACCAGCCUUUGACUGUAUUGACUUCACAAAGGAGAAAAAUGUCAAAGCGUUAUCUUUAAAGGAUAUUUUUUAAUAAUAUUAUUUAUCAUUUAAAAAUUCUUUUUUAAAAGUAAUUGAAUUCAUCGAUUGAAUUUGAUGUACAUUAUGUUAUUUUAUAGAUAGAGAGUACAUGAUUAUUAACUUCGGUUUUUAGUGGCUGUUACCUUGACGUGGGUUAUAGAACCGUAAAAGUAUGGUCCCCGGGAGGGUAUGUAAGUCCAGACCAUUUACAGCAUAUUCAUUUCUAACACCGUUUUUAACGUAGAAUAGUGGAAUAAGUUAUGAAACGACAAACAGUGGGGACAAUCUCUUGCAGCUGAAGGGGUGGUAUGGUAUAAAUUCUGGUGGGGAAUGGUACAUGAAGCAAAUGUAUUUUUAGUCGCGACGGCCCCGGGUUUGGUGGCCUAACUUUGAUUGCUCGUUCUCUCUGCUCUUUUGAUCUUAUAUCGUUAAUUCAAAGUUUAGUAUUUUAAAUGUUUUUAAUUAAUUUAUUUUACUGUUCUUUGACAACACGACUUCAUAGUUUAUAAAUAUUUUUGUAUUUAUAUGGCUGGAAUAUUGCCGAUGUGACGUAAAAUGUUAACUCACUGGCUCACUCACUCAUCCAGAAGUUGGGGUCUCCUACAACAAAACUGGACUGGAACAAGGUGCGGAGCGUUCUACAAAGGCUUUACAAUGGAUGCAACCGGUCGAUAACAUCCGUAUACAUAAGCUUAUUUUGCAGGGUCGAGGGAAUGGAUGACCUAAUCAUUGUCAAAAACUAUAAUGCAUGCAACAAUAGUGAGUGAGUGAGUUAAAAGUUAUAGUCACUUUGGCAAUAUUUUAGCAAUAUCGUGACUUAAAGGGUCAUCAUGCAACAAUGAGACAAACACGCUUAAUCAUACACUGUCAUAGAAUUAAGAGAUAAUCACAAGUGGAACUUCAAUAAUUGAAAACAUAUGCUUGCAGGUAAGAUAUCAUAGACCAGGACAAAAUAUUGUUUUAGUGUUAUCAAUGCCUUUUUAGUCAAUAUGUUAACGAUUAAAGUAACUAUAGUUAGUUUUGCCACAGUUUCAUCGACGGGUUUUCUGAUGGGUAAUAUCUUUGUCAUGCUCGGGGACAGAAACACACUUUACCAUCUCUUGUAUGGAGCUGGUAGUUGAACUCUUGUACAGAACAACCAGAAAUUAUUGAGAAUUUAAAGAUUGUAAUUUUAAAAUAAAAUUUCACUCAUUA